AUGACCGACAUCGAGAUGAAGACGAGGGUGCUCUGUCUCCAUGGUCACCGCCAGAGCGCGGCCAAACUCAAGGGGAAAAUGGCAGCGCUACUUCGUGCCGCCAAGGUCACGACAGAGUUCGUGUUUGUGGAUGGUCCCAUCAACGUGCCUUACGAACCUACGUCGGCCGAGCACAUUCAACGGGUGAAUGUACUGAGCGAUGGUGACGCGGAAGAGUUAAAGACGUCCGUGGCGCAGUUUGCGUGGUGGGAGUUUGAGCGCCAGACGGAGAGCGAUGCGUAUUCUUACGUGGGAGUCGACGACACUUUGUCGUACUUGGAGGGUAUCAUUCGUACGCAAGGGCCAUUCGACGGCGUGUUUGGUUUCAGUCAAGGAGGCAUGUGUGCCGCGUACAUGCUGUCGCGUCAGCAACAAGGAGACACACGCUUUCAGUUCAAGUUUGGGGUGUUCUGUGCAUCGGCCCUGAUGUCAGACCCGGCGUUCAACCUUUCCUUGGACUCUCCCCUUCGUUUGCCAUCUUUGCACAUCUUGGGUGAGCAAGACGAUUUGAUCUCGGUGGAGAAGAGCCAGGCCUUGGCUGCGCAGUUUGACAAUCCAGUGCUGCUUACCCAUCCAGGCGGGCACUACAUCCCAACCCAAAAGGACCCACGCACGAUAUGGAAGACAUUCUUUGAAGAGCAAGCUGCCGCGUCGUCACAUGAGUGAAUAUCCACGUCCACCAACCUGGCAGAGGUUACACAAUCAAGUGGCUGGCGACGCCAGCAUGACAAUCCUCUUACCCUUCCUGCGUCGCGCUGCAACUCUGCGAUGGACUCCCGUGGCGCAUCCAUCUACCUUGAAGCGGGGGUGUUAACCAGUGGAAAUUCACGAAACGCAGUGUGCCUCUGAAACUCAAUAUUGGUUCGAGGUUUCGAAAUUUCGCGGCGCUUUUGUGAAAUAUAUUGAAUUCGAGAGGUUCAA